AUGCACGACACGGUGAAAGCGAAGGUGAAAGAAUCUGGAUUUUUGCCCUUUUUGUCAAUACUGGGACAUGGAAAGAAAGGGGAUAGGCCAUUACUUGUGGCCUUAGCUGAGAGAUGGUGGGACACUACCCACACAUUCCCCUUCGAUGAAGUUGGAGAGAUGACAAUGACCCCGACGGACUUCGCAGCUAUCACAGGAUUGCGUGUUGGUGGGAAGCGAUUAACGUACGACUUGGACAUUUACAGAAACAAGAACAAGGUGGUGAAAUUGUUUGGGAAGCCAAUUGCAGACCUACUGGCAGGGGAAAGGAGAGUGCCGUAUGAAAGCCUUUGCACUCCGUACUGGAAGAAGAAUCCGAAAGAUGAUAAAGAAGCUGACCAAAUUGCAAGGGCAUUUAUACUGUGCUUGAUUGGCUCCUCAUUCCUCAAUGACAAGAGCCAAUACGUGAGUAUGCACUACGCCCCCUGUCUGGAAAUAGUCUCAGACAUUGGUAAAUAUGACUGGGGCGGUGCGGCGUUGGCUUGCUUGUAUAGAUCAUUGGAUUCUUGUUCCAGGGGCAGGUCAUCAAGCAUGGGCGGGUAUUGGAGGGCAUGGGAGGUAUGGGCUUGCGAGUACCUAAAGCCGUUUGCUUUAUCAAGGCCCAGUGGGACCUUGAACACGUGGCCCAGAACAUUGAGGUGGGUUGGUGCAAAAUCAAAGCGGGACUUGCAACAUCACUUGGAACAUUUUAGAGUGAUGAUGCGACAUCUAACAAAUGAUCAGGUUAAUUGGAACCCAUGGGGGACCAAUGAAUCCGACAUGCCGGAAGCCGUCAUAAAUAGUGUGUCGGCAACCCGUAAACGAAUCCUACUUGAGGGACCAGCUGGUUCAGCCUGGUUUUUGGGAGAGCGAGUCGCAAUGCAAAGUUUAGGCACCACAGAACCUCAAGUACCCAAAAUUCCACCGACGACAAUGCUUUCUGAUUAUAAGCUAAAUGAUGAGGCAGAAGUCAGGGAAGCACUGAAUGGGUACCCCGCUUCAGAAUGGCUUGCAAAUUCAUCCAACUAUGGCCACUACAGAGAUGAGUAG